AUGGGGUACUCAAUAUCAUCCGGGCAGUACACCACAUCUACGCAUACGAUUCUUCAGAUGGCCGGAGAUGCACUAGAAGAGCUCACACUGCUCGUCUUCUAUGACGACCGAUCUUUGGAAUCCGGGUCGCGUUGUAGCAUCAAAGACAAUACCCAGCUGGUAAAGCUGAGUAUCGACACAGUGGCAGGCCUAAAUGGGGUGGCAAGCACCGACCCCGACAGUCCAUUUCAUUCAUCUUGGACUACCUUGUGCGAAGUACUGUCGCAGGUCGGCCCUGAGCACACCAAACUCCAGCAUCUCUGUCUUGGAUUCUGGCAAUUCCUCAUAGUCGCUGUGAACGUGGACUGGUCAGCCAUCGACGAACAUCUCGCUCGAAUUACCAGAGAUCAUCCUAAUCUCAUCAUUACCUUUUGCAUUAAGCCCGUGUUUCGCACCAUGCUCCGGAAAAUAUCAUGGAAGAACACCAUGUUCGGGAUGCACUACUUCGUGACUGCUAUGCUCCGCUCUCUACCUGCCUUAUUUGCAACAACCAAUCGAAUCGCACUCCUGUGGAUUUCGCAACUCGAGGACGCUAAACUUGUCAAUCGUUUGCUCCCCGAGUAUUUUCCUCCCGGGAAGAUAAAUUGGGACGUCCCCGCGCCAUAUGAAUUCAUAUAG